AUGCUUGAGGGGGAUGCCCACGAGUGGUGGUACAACGCAUCUCGCCCUUUUACUAUUCAGGGGGAAGAACUGACAUGGGCUUUGUUUGAGCGAUUGUUUCAUGAGGAGUAUGAGUAUUUUCCCCGAGAUGUUCGGGAAGCGAAACAGGGUGAGUUUGAGAAAUUGGUACAGGGUACCAUGACUGUUGAUGCCUAUAUGGCGAAGUUCAAUGAGUUAGUGAAAUUUGCUAAUUAUGGGGGUGUGCUGCCGACUCCUGAGUUUCUGUCUGCUAAAUUUCAGAGGGGUCUGAAUGAGAAAAUUGCAAAGACGAUGUCAAAUACUGUAGUGAGGAAUUUUGCAGAUCUAGUGACCCAGUGCAAACGAGUUGAAAGUGUUUAUAGCAGAUAUCUGAAAUCUGGUAAGGCAGCCUCCGGGGCAGUUCAAGAGGGGUGGUGGUCAGAGGAGCGGAUAAAUGAUAGAAGUUCUAAUCCUAGAUGUGACAAGUGUAAGAGGUUUCAUCAAGGCCCGUGUAUCGUGGCUCCAAAUGCUUGUUUUAAAUGUGGUAAAGUGGGGCACUAUGCCAAUAAUUAUUACAGUAAUACUGGGCAGGCUGCGAAUCUGCAGGCCUUGCCAUCUGUUCCUACAGUUGGGCGUGUUUACACUACAAAUGUGCAGCAAACAGAGAAGGCACCUAAUCUGGUUAAAGGUAUAAUUUUUAUCUCAAAUAUUGAUUUGUCUGUGUUGUUUGAUUCGGGAGCUACACAUUCGUUCGUGGAAGAAUAUGUUGCUAAGGGGUUGGGGUUAAAAGUAUCACGGAUAAUUCCCCCGAUGCGUAUUACUACGACUACAUGA